AUGAAGUACGCCGAUGUGUUGUUGCGCCUGAGCGACGCGGAACGGGAGGACCUUCAGCUGAUCAUUGCCGCUCUGAAGGUUAGCGAGUACACGGACGACGUGGAUGACAUACGGCGCCCCCACAGCCGCGAGGAGCGAAUGUACCGCGCUAUGCGGGACCUCUUUGACACCGCGCUGGGACUGUGCAUUGCGUCGGGCAGUGUCUCGCGGGAGCUGCGGGCGGAGGUCGCCAAGGGCAACACGGAUGUGCGCCAGACGCUUAGUGUGUUAAUAGGUUUGUUUGAGAUUUUUCGCCGCCACAAGCGCCUCAACCCGUUUAGCAACCGCAGCGAGUUUGGGAAGCUUGUGAUGUUGCUGCAGGAUGUCCAGAAGCGGUCGGUGCAGGACCGUCUGCGCAUCUCUCAUAGCCUGCUGGUGCCAGUGCAGACUGUCGGGAUGGAGCUGCGCAAGGCGGGGGCCGAGACGUUGCUAGAGGAUGGAGAUGUAGAGAAGUAUGUGUGGGCACACGGGGCGGAGAAGGCGGCGCUGUUUCAGAGGAUCUUGGACCGCCACGGUGCCGGUGCGUGCAGGCCGGUGGUGGAACGCUGUCUGCGCUCCAUUGACGACGUGGAACACUUUCUUGAGAAUAAUUUGCGGCCGCUGCGCUGGCUGCGGCGCGUCCUCAACGAGGAGUUCCUCCCGCAGGAGGGGGACAAGGCGCACGACCUGUCCAUUCGCGCUGGCUUCCGCGGCGCGCGGUUCUCGCACGACCACAGGCGCCACUGCCAGUACGUUGCGGAGUCGCUGACGAUGUGGGAAAACGUGCAGCGCCACAUCUUUGACUUUUGGCAGGUCUCAGAGGAUGACAUGCUCCUCGACGGGGGCGGUCACUACAGCUUUGUCAACACCGGGCAGGGGUAUCAUCGCAUGUGCCGGGCGCCGAAGAGUUACGCCCGCAUGGCGCGCUGCGUUGCGGAGACGGAGCAGGAGAUGGGGGGCUGGGUGGGGAUAAAAGUCAUCCACCUUGGUGACCGCGAUGUGCCGAACCCGCUGGUCUUCAUCGAUAAGUACACCGUCAUCCCACGCAUUGUGCAGCCAAUUAUGCACACCAUCCUGGAGCUGGAGAAGAUCUUUGCACCCGGCAGCCUGGAGGAGUACCCGGGGCUGCGGAACUUACUGAGGGCCAAGUUUCACUCCUACGCCGCGCUGCGCACGAUGAUUCUCUCAGACUUCUUUCGCCACGCCUUUGACGGCUCCGGCGACGACGGCGGGAGCUGCAUUGACGGCAGGCUGACCUCCGCCUGGAACUGGUGUCACCAGCUUGAGAAGAAGCCGUACUACGACGCCUUUGUGCUGACGGGUUUCAGCGGCUUUGACUAA